GAGCUGAGACAAGAAAUACGCUGAGGCAAUGAGUGCGAGUGAGAUGACAUGCACGAUACUGUUGCGGACUGACCAAUAGGAAGCAAGUUUCUUGAUUUCGGUCAUGCACCUCGCAGUCCGCAGUCGCAUGCAACAUUUAUCGUUGUUAUUGUAUAAUUCAUCACAACUUUACAGUUAUAAUAACUGAUGUUUAGUGUUUUGUUUACUGUGUGCAGUGAGUGUCAGUGAAUUACCUAGUAAUAAAUCAACAAUGCCACGAAUGAAAAGCAUGAUUUGGACAUUUUUCAAGCGAGACGAACACGACCGCGACAAAUCAACGUGUCAAAUUUGCAAUAAUUCAUAUUCUCGUAAGGGCCGCACUACUUCGUCCUUAAAAAGGCAUUUGAAAUCUAUGCAUCCAGAGCAGUUCAUUGUGCUACAAAGUUUGAUGCACAAAAAAUUGCUAAAGAUAAAUGACGGUGCAGCUCAGAACAGAACCCAAGACGAUGAUGACGACGAUGAAGACCUCGAUUAUGAUGGCUCUAAUGUGGCAGGAUCUAUGGAAACUAAUGCUGACAAUAAUAGAACCUUAUAUCUGGAAAUUGAAGGCGGAAAAGUACAUAAUCCUCAAUCCUCUACAGCUGACGACCCAAAGGAAGAAAAGAAAACGGAUAGAAGAAAGCUGACUCAAGCAAUAACUAGAUAUUACGAACUCAAAGCACAAAAAGUAGAGCUUGAAAUUCAAUUACUAAAGAGAAAAGUGGAAAACCCAGAUUAGGUGUAUACUGAAACUACUGGUGGAAACUCAAAAUCGAAAUCUGUCAGUGGGUUACGCUUUAUCUAAAGGACUGAAAUGGGUCCAUAUUAAUUGAUAAUUUUUUUUGUAGACCUAAAGUCACGUUUAUUUUUUACACGAAGAUUGAUUAUAAAACAGAUAUUUUGGAAGAAUUGACUAAAUUAUACUAACACGUUUUUGAUUACUAAAGGUGACUUUAACUAGGAGGUGUUAAAGUCUUUCUUACAGACUGAAUUUCUUUCUGAACACGAGGAUUAUGAUGUAGCUUGCAGAAAAAAUGGGCUAGGACCUUCAAAAAGCUCUUUUGGUGUGUAAAGCGCGAGAGAGUGCCUUAAAAUAUUCAUGUUCAUUUAUUACAUCUUAAUGUUAGCAGCGAUAAUGAUUGAUAAAAUAAAUAAUAUUUUUGAACGA